CUGGUUUUAGAGAUUCUCGUUUCUCUAAUCUUAAAGGGACGCUGAAAACCUCAAGAAAGGCAUCGUUUGUUCCUGUAAUAGCAUCCCAGAGCUCUCCUGUAAAUUAUGUCCCGGACGCAAAAUUUUACAAGGUGGAAGCGAUUCUCAGCAAGUUUCUUCGGCUUUGCUGAAAAUGGGCAUUCGUGGUGUUACGGUUUCUGAUGUAUGAGGGUUUGGGGCUCAAGGGGGCUCAACAGAGAGACAUGGUGGUGGAGGCUGUGAUUGAUCAGAUAAUUGAGGAGGCAAGGACGGGAGAGAUUGGUGAUGGCAAGAUAUUCUUGGUGCCUGUCUCUGAUGUCAUUAGAGUUUGCACAGGCGAGCAUGGAGGGAAAGCUGAGAGGAUGGUCGGAGGACAAUCUGACGUGUCCACUGCUGCAUAACCAGAUUUGCAUUGUCAGCAAAGUUAGCUGCAGCUUACUCCAAUUGAAGUGUCAAAGCUGCAGCUGCCCUUAAUUUGUCGAAGCUUAUGACAGUGUUAGUUGUCUAGCAUGUAUUAUCUCCUGCGAAUUAAAAUAAAGAUGAACCAUCAAUCACAUUGCUUUCUAUCUCAUCAUAAUGUGAAGCUGUUACUGGCUACUUAGCUGUUAUAUUUUGCUUAGCUGUUAUUCUUUUGUGCCACCUAUCUUGCCCAUCCACUCCUAUAAAAGCCAUCCUGAUAUCGUUAAGGACUUGCAGGGUUAUACCAUUACAGAAAGACCGUCUCAGUUUCCAUUGCAUCCUCCUUGACAACAGAGGCCACUAACAAACAAAUUAGCUUGAAGCUUCUAGUAGACACAAAUGCCCAGAGAGUUGUAUUUGCUGAAGGAGGAAAAGACUUAAUGGAUUUUCUAUUUAACUUAUCACACUUGCCUGUUGGCAUUGUGAUGAGGGUUCUUGCUAGCCAGAGUGUGGAGGGCUGCCUUGCAAACAUCUGCAAGAGCAUUGAAGAUUAUAAUGACAAGAUCAUGCAUCCAUCAUGAAACAAGUGUGACUUGGUGAAGCCAAAGGUUGAGAUCAUUAACACAACUGAUCCUCAAGAAUUGUUAGAUAUUCAGACUACAUUUUCUUAUGCAUUUUCCAAGUCCUACAGUUGCCGUUCGAUGUUUCAGGCCAUGCGAAUUGCCUCACCCCCUAUAUUAGUUGAGCCAUCCAAGAAAUCUCUCUCGAAUGAUGGUGGUUAUGUGAGCGGCGAGCUGAUAUACAUGGUCAUGGAUGACCUGUCUGUGAGGCCUAAUUCAGCUGUUUUUGUUAUUACCAUGCUUAACCGACUUGAAAUAAAGAAUAUCGUUACUGUUAAAACUAGGGGGGUUUGUUUAGGCACAAACGAGGUAUGGCGUCAAUCCU